AUGGAGCGCGAGGAAAUCGUGCCGCGACCGCUGCUCCAGCGCCGCUGCCGUUUAGAUCCCUCGGGGUCUUGCGCCGGAUCUGAGAAACAAGCCGGCAUCGUCGAGGAUAUUGCCGGCCGGCUGCUCGCCCUCGACGUGGCCGAGUACCUGCGGCUCCACGCGGCGUGCAAGGCCUGGCGCGUGUGCACCGCCGACCCGCGCGCGGAGGGCGGCUUGGACAGCCGUUUCCGCCCGCGCAACUGGAUCGCUAUGUCCCACUGUGCCCCGCCGUCGCGCCGUACGCUCCUCAACGUCGCUACCGGCGCCCACGUCGACUUCCCGGAGCUCUCCACCCGUCGCCACUUCGGCUCGGCCGAGGGCCGCCUCGUCCUGUGCGACAAGACCAGUAAUGCUAUCGGCCUCCUCAAUCCGCUCACAGGAGUCCUCGUCGAAUUCCCCGCCAUUAGCGAUGUCCGGGCCUUGACGGUCCCGAGCGGCGCAUACUUGAUCACGUUCCGUGCCAGCUACAACUUAGAAUUGGAUUCCACGAAGGUGAACGUCCCCAAUCCACCUGUCAUCAAGGGCGCCGGCAUCAACGACUCGACCUUCCCGUCCACCCUCGUGCUCUGCCUGAGGAAGCAGCUAUCGCACGUCGUCUGCGUCAAGCCUGGCGACGGGCACUGGGUGUCUGUCCAUCACGGCGAGCAGCGCGUUGAUUCAGUGACCGCCCUCGGUCGGAUCUUGUUCCAGUCCCUGUUGUCUUUCAGGGGACGCUGCUACCUCACGACGCCAAGGGGUGACAUCAUGACGGUGGAUCUGGGUCCGAUGACCAGCCAUCGGUCACCCUCUAGCCUCGCAUGGUGUACCUGCACAGGGAGAUGGCGCUCGGAGACGGAGUGAAAGGCAUGUCCUGCCUCGUCCGGUCCCACGACGACCGGAUGCUCAUGGUGCGCUAUUCAUUCUCGCGCCACGGUGACCUCACGGUCACGGAUGGAGACGGUAACCCAGCGAAAACCUUCAUAUCCUGCGGUGCUCCCUCUCGCAUGGAGGAGUCGGAGAUGUACAUCGACGGGAGACGGCUGAUCCCAUUGCGCGGAAUCGGUAACAACGCGGUGUUCGUCGGCGACAUGCACUCCAUCAUGCUGCCCACCGGCAAGUUCCCCAAGAUCGCUGCCAAGACGGUGUACAUGAACUACCUCUGGCAGCGCGUUCGCCGCUUCGGUGCCUACCGUUUCGAGGAUGGGACGACCACGCCGCCAAGAGAUCUCCGCCGAGAUAAGAAGGGGAGGGAGGAGGGUUUCGCCCCGUGUGCUUGUCGAAUUGGAUGAUUAUCUCAUCUGCCACGUUCAACAGCCUGACCAGUUCCACAAUAUUCUAUUUAUUGAUUGCUAGUAGUGGAAAUCGAAGAUGCUUUCUGCAUUCGUGUCAUGAGUCGGUUAAGAGCUUAGCGCUGUAUUAUUUUGAUAAUGGAUAUAUGUACUGUGUUUUUGUUGGUUUGUUUAUGUCAAAUACAGUAGCUCUUUAGUUGUGAUCUUUUGUGAGAGCCACUCCUGAUGAA